AUGUUUCGUGUCCACAACAGGAAAUUCCAUCCAGUUACUGCAGGGAGGGGUCCAAGGCACAGAGGCAAAUUCAGAUGGGGGUUUCAUGGUCCAAAAAUAAGAUUUAUUGAUAGACCAAUUCACAUUCCAGUUCCUUAUGCAGUUCAUAAAACAAGGUUCAUAGAUAGACACAUUCCUAUUUACAAAAAGAUUCAUAUACCCAUCAUUAAAAAAAUCCCGGUCAUCCGGACUGUGAUAGUCAGAGAAAAAGUUCCUAAACCAGUCCCAAUCCAUAAGGAAAUCAUCAGAACGAUCACUAAGAAAGUGAAGGUUCCAGUUAUUAAACGAGUUCCCGUUCCUAAGCCGGUACCGGUGAUAUACGAGGUUCCAGUGGAUCGACCAUUUCCUGUAGAAAAGCCUGUGGUUGUGGAAAAACCGGUCCCAGUUACAAAGGAAGUCCCAGUUCCUGCUCCUUUCCCAGUGUUUCCAAAAGAAAAUGUAGGAAAACCAGCAGACGGCGGUACUAUUUUUGUAGAUGCCGGUGGAAAAGGAGGCAAAAUUGGCGGUGGAAUCGACAAGGGAAUAGGGGAUAGAUUUGCAGGGAAAGGGGUCGAUGUUAAUGUAAAAAAUGUUGAUGUGAACAUUAACAACGUACGACCUAAUUUCGUUGGCGGAGGGGGAAUUGAUCAAGGCCUUGUUCCAAUCGGUGGAGGAGGAGGAGUUGAUCAAAGUCUCGUGCCAAUUGGUGGUGGGGGAAUUGAUCAAGGCCUUGUCCCCAUAGGUGGAGGUGGGAUUGACCAAGGCCUUGUCCCUAUAGGUGGAGGGGGAAUAGAUCCUGGUUUCAAUCGCCCAAUUGGUGGAGGGGGUAUAGAUCAAGGCCUCGUCCCAAUAGGUGGAGGGGGUGUAGAUCCUGGUUUCAAUCGUCCAAUUGGUGGAGGGGGGGGUGUAGAUCCUGGUUUCAAUCGUCCAAUUGGUGGAGGGGGUAUAGAUCAAGGCCUCGUCCCAAUAGGUGGAGGGGGUGUAGAUCCUGGUUUCAAUCGUCCAAUUGGUGGAGGGGGUAUUGAUCAAGGCCUAGUGCCUAUAGGUGGAGGGGGAAUAGAUCCUGGUUUCAAUCGCCCAAUUGGUGGAGGGGGAGGGGGGAUAGAUCCCGGUUUCAAUCGUCCAAUUGGUGGAGGGGGUAUUGAUCAAGGCCUCGUCCCAAUAGGUGGAGGGGGGAUAGAUCCUGGUUUCAAUCGUCCAAUCGGUGGAGGGGGUAUUGAUCAAGGCCUUGUCCCAAUAGGUGGAGGUGGAGGGGGUAUUGAUCAAGGCUUUGUCCCAAUAGGUGGAGGGGGUAUUGACCAAGGCCUAGUGCCAAUAGGUGGAGGGGGAAUAGAUCCUGGUUUCAAUCGCCCAAUUGGUGGAGGGGGUAUCGAUCAAGGCCUCGUUUCAGUAGGUGGUGGGGGGAUAGAUUCUGGUUUCAAUCGUCCUAGUAUAAACCCACCGAUCAUUGCUGUUGAUCCUCAGCCAGUUGACAAUGGAUUCAACCUUCCAAGUGGAGGAGUUGAUGCAAGUCUUAAUCGUCCAAUAUCAGUCGAUCCACUAAUCGAUACUGGACUUAUUGGAGAUACGUCCAUUAAUGCCGUUAAUCCAGGUCUUAGAGGGUCCAUUAAUGGUGGUUUCAUAGGAAGCGGAAUUGGUUUAGGUGUCGAACCAAACUUCGAUCGUUCUUUCGAUAACGGUUUCAACAGUCUUGACAAUUCAUUUGGAGGAUUUGAUAACAACGAUUUCUCUGUCUAUGAGGCCAGGCUAAACGCCAUAGCCCAAGGGCAAGGUGGAAUUCUUCCAGGUGGAGCAAUUGGGCAGGGGAUUUCGGCUAGCGACGUAGGGUUACCAGCCAGCGCGCAGAGCUUCGGACUAGGGCUGGAUGGAUCGGGUUUUGAAAGCGGAAGAGACAGUUUGCUCGAUUCAAACCUGGAUCUUUCAUCGAACCUCGGAGGGGCAGCUCUCAGUCCAGCAGCAAUAGCACCAGCUGCCUUUACUACCGGUGGGUCAUUUAGUGAUAAUGGAGGGACAUUGAGAACAAUAUGAGAUCAAUAUAUAUUGUUGGUUAACAAAGGGAUGGGUGUGGCUAUGGAGAUGAAGACCACGUGAUCGGUUGGAAUUCGCCGCCCGGC